AUGGCGGAUUGCAGUGAAAAAUGUGUGGAAGAUUGUUCAUUCGAUUAUAGUGAGGGUAAACAAAAAGGCGUCUGUCUAAUCAAAGAAGAGUAUAUCAUAGGAGAUCAUGUAAGGCUUCUAAGCGAAAAAUGUUUAACAGAAACUGAUAAACAAAAAGUUUCAACUAAUCCAACUAACUUAAAUGAAGAGGCUUCUUCUGUGGAUGAACCACCAUCCAAAAAGUUUAAAAAUGAUGAUAAGAAGGAAAAGCUUAGAGGACAGAAUAAAGCAAGGCCACCACCAUUUAAGACACAGCGUGAACAAAACCUAUGUCCUUGGAUUGCGGAUCAAACAGUGGGAGAGCCUGAAAAAAAAUGUGAUAACAAAAGAUGCACUUUUUUGCAUGAUAGAAUUGAAUAUUUGAAAAUCAAACCAGAUGACAUUAUAGAUGAAUGUUAUCUUUUUAAUCUCAUUGGCAGGUGCCCAAGGGGUACUGCCUGCAGAAUGGGCUCUAAACAUUUAACAGCAGAUGGUUUAAACAUUAUUGAUAAAGAAAAAGUGGAGGAAUUUCAAAAGAGGCCACCUUCCAUGAAGAAUUAUUUGACAAAAGACAUUCAGACUCAACUAAGGAAGCACAAGUAUAAUUUCUCUAAGGCAGAAAAAGUUGUUAAAUUGAAUGAACCAUCUAGAAAAAAAUCAGUAAUUGAAAAUACUAAAAGAACUGAACAGUCCAUGAAUGAAGAUAAAUUACAAGUGAAAAAUGGUUCAACUGUGGACUCUUCUGUUACUGAGUCUAAAACUGAGGUUUCUGAGAGUUUAAAUGUAAAGCAGAAAAUUGGACCAGUGGAUGAUUAUGAUUUAAUCAAAUGUAGGAGUUCAGAAAAAAAGAGAAUAGACUGGAAAAAUAAGAUUUUAUUAAGUCCAUUGACAACAGUGGGUAAUUUGCCAUUUAGGAGGAUUUGCAAAGAAUAUGGAGCUGACUUAACAUGUGGAGAGAUGGCUCUAGCACCAAGGAUAUUAAAGGGGGCCCAUGAAGAGUGGGCACUGGUGAAAAGACACGAAUCUGAAGACAUCUUUGGUGUACAGCUCUGUGGUAACAAUCCAGGUGUACUAACAAGAUGUGCACAAUUACUUAAUGAAAAAAUUAACAUUGAUUUCAUUGACUUGAACCUGGGUUGUCCCAUAGAUUUAAUUUAUAGACAAGGUGGUGGCAGUGGUAUGCUGAAUCGAUUGAAUGUCUUAGAAACUGUUGUAAAAUCUGUUAGUCAAGUUAUGGAUAUACCUUUAACUGUAAAAACUAGGAUGGGUGUUUACAUAGAUAAACCUGUUGCGCAUACUUUAAUGCCAAAAUUCGGCGAUUGGGGUGUAUCCAUGAUUACUGUUCAUGGAAGAUCUCGUGAACAGAGGUAUACUAAAUUAGCUGAUUGGGAAUACAUAGAAAAAUGUGCAAAAGCAGCACAUCCUGUACCAGUAUUUGGAAAUGGUGAUAUUUUGUCCUUUGAUGAUUAUCAAAGGGUUCGAAAUUUAUACACUUCUGUGCAUGGUGUUACAGUAGGCCGUGGUGCUUUGAUAAAACCAUGGAUAUUUACUGAGAUAAAGGAAGGAAAAUUAAUAGAUAUAUCAAGUGGAGAAAGAUUUGAAAUUUUGAAAAAGUAUGCCAAUUAUGGUCUUGAACACUGGGGUUCAGACACUCGAGGGGUUGAAACAACUAGGAGGUUUAUGUUAGAAUGGAUAUCUUUCUUGCAUAGAUAUAUUCCUGUUGGAAUAUUGGAGAGGCCUCCACAAAGGAUUAAUGAAAGACCUCCAUUC